CAGACUGAUAAUUCUAACUACGAAAAGAACGAGGAGUUUAAAAGUACGUGUAAAACCUUGAUCCUGCUGGAUAUAUUUUAUGAUUAACAAGAGAGGUAGAGAGGCAACAAUCUUCAUACAGAUUUGUUGCUUCUCCCAUUUGUUAUAAUCAAAAGCUGGCUGUGUUACAAAAUAUGCUAAAUGAAAAACGUGACGUAUGUUUAUGUGACAAAGUAAAGCAUAAGGAGAGAAGUCGCCAAAGGAAUAGUUCUGACCGGAUAUACGAGACAUAACUCAUUCGAUCAUGUAUAGUGCAUAGAAGUGUUAACUUAUUCAUUAAAGCAGUGUGUGUGAGCAAAAAUAGAAUUCAAAAUCGAAAAGGUUCAUACAAUCCUACAGCCAAUAGUAUCUCCAGCAGUUUAACUGUCAUCAAAUGUUGAAUAUAAGUUGACACCAUAAUCGACGAGUGCUACAUAUCAACCAUAAUACAAACUAAAUAUUUGGAUAAAAUUGUUAUUUGCAUGCAAAGUACAUCAUGAACAACGGAUCAAAAUUGCGGGAUGUCAGUAGCGAGGCUUUAACAACAACCCCUCACAUAUACACCAAGUCGAUAUUAACCGCUUUCGACUGGAAAGAGUUUGCAUGUGGGUGUGGGGCAGCCUUUAUAAAUAUAGGCGUCACCUAUCCAAUAUAUAAAAUGAUUUUUCGCCAAAUGCUCCAUGGUGUGCCAAUAACAUCAGCUUUCGGCCAGUUGCGGCACGAAGGCUUAGGAUUUCUCUAUCGUGGUAUAUUCCCGCCAAUGGCACAAAAAACAAUAUCUUUGUCAAUUAUGUUUGGUGUGUUUGAUGGUUCACGCAGAUAUUUAAUUGACAACUUUAAUAUUAACGCAUACACGGUUAAAAUAAUAGCUGGUAUUACAUCAGGCACAGUUGAGGCUGUACUACUUCCUUUCGAAAGGAUACAAACAUUGUUGGCACAUUCAAAAUACCAUGCAUAUUUCGCUAAUACCCCGCGAGCGUUCAAUUAUGUACUAGUACAUCACGGAUUUUUAGAGCUAUAUAGAGGUAUUGUGCCAGUGCUGUGGCGAAAUGGACCAUCAAAUGCCAUGUUCUUUAUGCUUCGGGAGGAAGUUUCAUUAUUUCUACCAGAGACUACGUCGAAAACAAGCAAAGCAGCACAGGAAUUUGUUGCGGGUGCAAUUAUCGGAGCGUCAAUUAGCACACUUUUUUAUCCGCUAAAUGUUAUAAAAGUUGCUAUGCAAAGUGAGAUGGGUCAAAAAUCGGAAACAAUGUGGACGAUAUGCAAACGAAUCUAUUUUGAGCGAGGAAAUCGUAUAAAAUAUUUCUACAGAGGAUGUGGUUUUAACUCUUUUCGUUCCUUUAUUAGUUGGGGAAUUAUGAACACCGCUUACGAAAACUUAAAGAAAAUUAUUUCAUAAAAAUGUUAAUGGCGCUGAAUUCAUUUCGGCAACCGAUUAUAGCGCACAUGGAAUGUCCGUUUUGUGACAGUGUUGCAGAGGACUGAAUCGAGCCGAACUAUGCCUGAUACAUGGUACGUUCAUGUACAUUCAGGCGGUGCAGUAUCGUACUGAAACCAAGCUAGAAAUUUUGUUAGAUUUUGUAUAUAGCAAAUAAGAAUUUGUGUUUUGAAAUGUGUUACUAGCUAAAUUUCUUUUGUAAAUUUAAGUAAAAUUAAAUUUUAUUUAAAUACUUUUUUUUUAAAACUGCCCUUAGAACUUCUCAUUCUAUAUACAUUGUAACAUAGUUUACGUACAUUAAAAAUUUGAAGCUAGAUGUUUAGUUCUAUUAGUGAAAUGGAUAUGUAAGUAUAGGAGAAUGUGUAGAGAGUAGUAAAAACACCAAACUAAGGUUUCGUUUAUUAUAACUAAAUACAUUGCGCAUUUAGUCAUUCAUUUAGCAAACUUUUAAGCAGUAAGAAUGUGGUUUUGUAAAAUACUAUUAUUAGCUUACAUGCAACUAGUCCCUAUUAAGUAAGCAUACGUAUUUAUAUAGUAUUCAUAAUACAUACUCACUUGCUAUGAAUAUUUCAAGAGGUCAAUGUAUUGUAAUUAAUUAUGACGUAUAAAGUAAUUCUCUUGUAUGUCAAUUGCAAAUUCAUGUUACGUUAAAAACGAUUAUAAAUUUUUAAUAUGGAAUAAAAUUACAUGUCUUUAGAAGCAUUACUGCUGUUAUUGCCAUUAUCAAAUACAUUUACAUACAUAAAUGUUUCUGUUAAUAAUAAGUUCAAAGAGCGCGUUGACCGCCAUUACUUGGGUGACAAUAAAUUUCAUUCUACUUGCGUCUGCGUAUGAUAUAAGAAUGUUGGGACUACUUACGUCCGAUUAUUUUUGUAUAUUUCGUAAUAGUGCUUUAAAAUAUCUAGUCAUUUGCCCUUUGUAUCAACAUAUACACACGUAUGCAUAUUUACCUGUACAUACACAUUAUAUAGCACUGUUCUUACAUACAUACCUACAUACAUAUGCUGUAUUAAAAAAUUACAAAAAUAAAUUAAUGACAGUAAAACCAUUAACUACUGCAAAAUAGCCAGAAAA